CAUUGGCUGUUAUUUGUUGAAAUAUUUUAAUUUAAAUAACUUUGUCAUAGAAGUUAACUAAGCAUUAAUUCAGUGUUAAGUGCGUGUUAGUUGUUAGUGCCGCCAAAAUGGCGGAAGGCGGUGCAAAAAAGAGGGCCAAAGUCGCUUGGAGCGAUGACCUGAGUCAUGAUUCAGAGGAAGAACGAGAACGGGAACGCCUAGCCCAACUCGAGCGGGAGCUCGCAGAGACCCCUGUCAAACCCACAUAUUCUCCCGAAGAGCUAGAGAAGCUGGUCGGCUUCAUCAUGAGGAUGACCACUCUCUACGAUCUCCGCGACGAGGACUGGAACGAUGAGGCCAAGCAAGGCAUAGAGGACUGGCUGAUGGAGCCGCGAGCCCUCAUCCUCUCAGUAUACUUCAGAGGCGACAAACUCAAAGCCACCAGCGACAUCCCUCUCACCCCAGUCUUUGACUUGACAUACUUCAUCAGGGCACCCGACUUCAUCUUCAAGAUAGAAUCGUUCCACGACGAUAUUAUUUUCGGCACAUUCGUGGAUUCUGUUGAAUCCAACAUUAUACAGAUAUUGGAGUUCGUUUAUGCUCCUUACUUUUUUGCUAUCACUUCUUGGCCAGACAGUGUGAAAAGUGAAUUUUGCUCCCAUAUUCACACAUUCCUCGCUAAACUAACCGACAUGUAUUACAAAAUGUUGGGUUUGACUGUCCUCUACAUACCGCGAGAAGGGCAGCAGCUGACAUUCGAAAAGGCCAGUGCUGACCGUGAGCUGGUGAAGAGAUUAGAAGGUGUAGUGGUCUACUGGACACACCAGAUUAAAUCCUGUCUGGAAGACCAAGCGUUCGUCGCUUCACAGGACGAAUUGCUGUGUCCCAGCGAUGAAUAUGACUUUUGGAUUUACAGACAUGAAAACUUGAGCGCAUUGCGUCAUCAACUGAAGAACCCGGCUGUAAGGCACAUAACGAAAAUUCUUGUCACCACACAUUCAACUUUUAUCCACCAGUUUCAAUCUCUAUGCGAUGAAAUAAUUCAAAAGGUCAACGAAGCCACUUCCAACAUUGAAUUCCUUCAAGUGAUAAAGCAACCUUGUGCUAUUCUGGAAUGCGUGGUAGAUCCUGAUGAAAUUGCUAAACAUAUUCCACAAAUUAUCAAUCUGUUUAGAUUUAUAUGGAUGGAAUCACCUUACUAUAAUUCUGAAGCCCGCAUCACAAAUCUUUUCAAGGCGUUGAGCAACCAGAUCAUUAUCCUCUGCAGAACAUACAUAAAGCUGGAUGAGCUUUUCGAUGGCGAGACGAAGAAAGCAUUGGGAGAGUUCAGUAAAUGUAUCGAUUGCUGCAAGAAAUAUCGAGAGAUCUAUGACGUCAUGGCUGAAGCUCACAACGAUAUUAAUCCGGGCAGUUGGGAAUUAGAUACUGGGUCGAUCUUCAAUUACAUUGAUUCGUUUGUGCAGCGAUGUUUCGAUAUGCUGGAUGUAUGUAAUUGCAUGAUCAUAUUUGGGCGCAUUGAUGAGCUGGAGAACAUAAACAAGCCGAUGUUUGGGGGUGCUCGCGGUGACCAAUUUGAAGCAAAGUGCGACCAGAUUGAGCACAUGUUCUAUGACGCUUUGGAAAACGUCAAGAGCGUGGCCUCCACGAUUCUGGAUGUCCAGGCACCUUCGUGGUAUGACGACGUGUUGCAGUUCAGAACCGUUGUAAAGGAUAUUGAGACAAUAAUAGAGAACCUUGUGGAAUCGGUCUUUGAAGGAGUAAAUCACGUGGAAGAAGCCGUCAUUGCUUUAUACUCCUUAAGCAACUACUCCAAGAGAAAGAACUUGAAGCGCAUUUUCAAACGAAAGACUGCUGAGGUCUGGGCAAUGUUCAGUGACGAAGUACAAGAGGCCAAAAAGGACAUGGUGUCCACACGCAGUCAGCACCCAGCUGAUCUGCCUUCCUUUUCGGGAAGAGCCGUAGUACUACGAAUGAGGAAGAACAGGCUGGUGUAUUUGAAGAAGAUAAUGACUGAUGCAUCAGUAUGGUUGCUGCCGUGCAGCAAUUCUGAGGAUGUGAUUAUGCACGUCAACAGACUUAUGGGAGCUAUAGACGUCGCUAUAAGAGAACUGUGGAUUUCUUGGACGCAUAAUUUGGACGAAAAAUGUGGAGCAGGACUCAAUAGAACACUGAUGAGAAAAAGCGUCGAGAACCCAGGGUUAAUGGAAUGCAACAUUGAUGUGAACAUACUAGAACUAGGAAAGGAAGCAGCUCAUUGGGAAAAUCUAGGACUUGAUAUUCCUAUGCAUGCCUACGCGGUUUACGCAAAAAUGAAGACUGUGCUUUAUGUGUAUGAAAGCGUAUUAGCUGUUGUUAAAGGAUACAACAAGAUUCUGGACUCGCUUUCAGACGAAGAGCGGUUGUUAUUCAAGCCUCUGACAACGGCAUGUGAGAAAAAAGUGCAACCAGGAAUAACAAAGUUAACAUGGACUUCAACAAUGUCUGAUGCUUACAUUGCUGAUUGUGUCACACAAAUAGGAGAAUUACAAGAUUUUUUGACGACAUACAAGAAUUGCAACGUUAAUUUAGUUAAAAUCAUGGAAAAAAUCUGUGACACACCAUUAGCAGAGUUUGAUAUUUACAAUGUCUUUGAGAUAUCGGUUCUAAGGGACAAAAUACGUGUUAUGGAAGCAGUAGCUACUGAAAAAAUCUUGGAAAUGUACAAAGAAAUCAUUACCUAUCUUGUUAUAGUGUAUGAAGGCUUUGAAUCGUUUAUAUCACAGAUGGCAGAACACUGGAUAAAAUAUGUUCGACGAUUUGACCGCUUGCUAGAAGAUGCUUUGAGAUUAGCUAUAAAGGCCACUAUGCAAAAUAUGUACAAAUGUGUACACGGCGAUGGUACAAUGGCGCCAUCACCUCUAAUAAAAAUGAAUUUGUAUUUAGUUGGAAAAGAGAUAGUUUAUCUUCCAAAUAAAAAUGAGAUCUAUGAUACUUUUACGACUCUUUUGGAAGAAAUUGUACACAUCAUGAGUACAAUCCCAAGAUUAUUUGAAAAAUUCGCACUACCAGCUGGAGGAUUGAAAAGAUUUAUGGAAGUUAUACAAACUGAGCCCGAUUGCAAUAAGCUGCAAUCAUUAAUUGAUGCUGAGAUCGAUUAUAAUAUUAAUCUGGUUCAUGAACAUAUUCGUAUGUGGGAUCCAUACUCUCAUAUUUGGAAAGUAGAUAAAGAUGAGUACAUGAUAAAGUACCGCGAAGAAGGGCAUACUGCUGCUGAAUUUGAUGCCUUAAUAAUAAAUUAUAGUGAUUUAGCUAAUACAGUGCAGAUACAAGAAACUGUGAAUCAGAUUCAUUUCAUUACACUUAAUUCAAGUGAGCUAAAAAAGUCGAUAAUAGCUCACUGUUUGGUGUGGCAGACGAAGCUUGGAGAACUCUUACGCAAAAUCACUGAAUCAGACAUUGAUGUUGUUUAUGCAUACGUUGAAAAAAGCAGUGAAGAUGCAAUGAAGAUGCCGGCUGACUUGAAGGAACUUUCAUCUGCAAUGGCUACUUAUGAGCGACUAAUGUCUGACAUCAGUAGAUUUGAACAAACUUUUCCUCCUAUUACCGAUAAGAUGAUGACUUUAGCUAAGUUUGAAGUGGAAUUAAGUUCAGAUAUGAAAGAAAGGCAUGAAAAUAUUCCAGUAAUCUGGUCUGAAUAUUUGGUGCUUUUGGAAGAAGCUAAGAAAGCUCUGGAAAUGAAUAAAGAUAAGUUUAAAGCUGAACUAUUAGAGCAAGCUGAGGUGUUCAAAGAAGCUGCAAAAGAUUUUUGUGAAGAUUUCUAUAAAUCAGCACCUUGUAGCUCUGAUGUCAGUGGCAAGGAUGCUGUGGCACAACUGAAAGCAUUUAGAGAACAGUUGAAUGCACUGCGAGCACAAGAACAACAAAUUCGCGAUGGACUAGCUGUUUUUAACUUAACGACUCCAGUGAAUCUGGAUCUACAGAAAAUGGAAAAGGAGCUGGAGAAGUUGGAAGAAGUUUGGGGCUUGGUAUUCCAAUGGGAGGAUUCCUGGGAGAGAUAUAAAACACAAACUUUCUGGGAAAUGGAGACAGAUGAAAUGGAGGAAAAUGUUAUGUUCUUGUUUAGGAACUUUAAUCGGCUUUCACGGCAGCUUAAGGAUAAAGGCUGGGAUAUCAUUGACACUACCAGAGUUAAGGUGGACGCCUUUAGAAGAACUUUGCCACUUAUUGGUGAUUUAAAAAAUCCUUGCAUGAGAGAACGUCAUUGGGAUAGAAUUAAAACUUUAAUGGGAGUAGAAUUUGACCAAAAUUCUGAAGAUUUCAAGCUCGAGCUUAUUAUGCGUCUUAACUUCCAAGCCUAUGCGGAAGAUAUUGCUGAAAUAUCAAAUGCUGCUACUAUGGAAUUGAACAUUGAGAAUGGUCUCAAAGCUAUUAGGGAAGUUUGGAGUAACACUACUUACGAAAUGCAACACCACAGGGGCGAUAUGUAUAAGAUUAAAAACGUAGAAGACGUUAUGCAGUUCCUCGAAGAUCAUCAAGUACAACUAUCAUCCAUGAAGUCAACUAAGUAUGUCGAGCCUUUUAUAAAAGAGGUAGACUAUUGGGAGAAAUCCUUAGGAUAUGUUGCAGAAUGCAUUGAGAUUUCACUACAAGUACAACGACGAUACCUCUACCUUGAAAGCAUCUUCAGUGGCGAAGAUAUACGGAAACAGCUACCUAAUGAAGUUAAAAUAUUUGACGCUUUGACCGAUGAUUGGACAGAAAUUACUAGCAAUAUGUAUGCUGGAAAAAAUGCCAUUGAAGCUUGUCUGUAUAAACCUGCUCCAUACGUAUACAAUAAAUUGAACACAAUGGUCGAUAAUCUCGAUGGAAUAUUAAGAGCUUUGGAAAAAUACCUUGAAACCAAAAGACAACUUUUUCCGAGAUUUUACUUUAUUUCUAACGAUGACCUUCUAGAAAUUCUAGGCAAUUCUAAGAAGCCGCAACUAAUUCAAGUUCAUUUAAAAAAGCUUUUUGAUAAUGUAAAUAAAAUUAGGAUUGAUAAGAAUGCCUUAGGCCUCCCUGUGGCGAAAGCCAUGAUGUCUGACGACGGGGAGUGUAUUGAGUGGAAGUACAACCUGGUGCUGGAUGGCCCGGCUGAAGUGUGGCUGCUAGGCCUGGAGCACCUCAUGAGGGUGGUGCUCAGAGAGCAAUUGAUUCUAACUCGCGCCGCUCUUAGGAAGUGUCGGUAUCAAAGAGAGCAAUGGAUCAAUGACUGGCCUGGGCAGCUAGGAAUUACGUGCAGCAAGAUUCAGUGGACAUCUGACUGUACAAGAACUCUCUGCCGCUGCGAGCUUAUGGGCGAGAAGAAACCCCUGAAAAAGCUUCGCAAGAAGCAGAAUCAAAUUCUGAGCACAUUGCAAAUGAUGUCAAGGAAAGAAAUACCUAAAAUUCUUAGAGCUAAAGUCAAUGCUCUUUGUGUGAUAGAAAUUCAUUCCAGGGAUACUGUUGAUAGAAUGUACAAAAUGGGGUGUAUGCACGUGAGCGCAUUCGAGUGGUUCUCCCAGCUGAAGUUCUACUGGGACCGCGAGCGGGAAGACUGCUACAUUAGGCAGACCAACACCAACUCGAUAUACACGUACGAGUACAUCGGCAACUCGGGACGACUUGUCAUCACACCUUUGACUGAUCGAUGCUACAUAACCCUGACGACGGCUCUGCAUUUAUUCCGCGGCGGGAGCCCCCAGGGCCCCGCCGGCACCGGCAAGACGGAGACCACCAAGGACCUCGGCAGGGCCCUGGCCAGAUGGGUGGUGGUCACCAACUGCUCAGACGGCCUCGACUACAAGUCCAUGGCUAAGUGCUUUUCUGGCAUCGCCCAAAGCGGGUGCUGGGGCUGCUUCGACGAGUUCAAUCGCAUCAAUAUCGAGGUGCUGUCGGUGGUGGCUCAGCAGAUCCUGGCGCUUCUGCUGGCUUUGUCGCUGUUCCUCAAGCGCUUCGUCUUCGAAGGCUGCGAGAUCAAGCUGGACGGGAACUGUGGGAUCUUCAUCACUAUGAAUCCUGGCUAUGCCGGGCGUACGGAACUGCCUGACAAUCUGAAGUCGAUGUUCCGGCCCAUUGCUAUGUGCGUGCCGGACUCGCUCAUCAUCGCCGAGAACACAUUAUUUUCCGACGGAUUCACGGCGUAUAAGAUCAACGCCAAAAAGGUGUUCACGCUGUACCAGCUGGCGAUGCAGCAGCUGUCCAAGCAGGACCACUACGACUUCGGCCUGCGCUCCAUGGUGGCGCUCCUACGGUAUGCCGGCGUCAAGCGCCGCGCCUACCCCAACCUGCCCGAGCAAGAGAUGGUUAUUCUGGCCAUGCGCGACAUGAACGUGGCGCGACUGACGGCGAAGGACGUGCCUCUGUUCGACGGCAUCAUGCAGGACAUCUUCCCCGAGGUGGCCGUGCCCACGCUCGACUACGACAUGCUGGAAGCCGCCAUCAGCGCUGAGAUGCGCCUGGCCGGGCUGCAGCCGAUGCGCGCCGCGCUGCUCAAGGUCAUCCAGGCCUUCGAGACUAAGAACUCCCGGCACUCAAGUAUUCUCCUCGGCGACACCAAUACCGCCAAGUCUGUAUCCUGGAAAAUGCUGGCAGCGACACUUAGCCGACUGCAUCGAGAGAAGGUUCCCGGCUUUGAAAACGUGCAGCUUCAUCCAAUGAACCCCAAGGCGUUAACCCUGGGUGAACUCUACGGGGAAUAUAACCUGGCUACCGGCGAGUGGAAGGAUGGCGUGCUGUCGUCCAUCAUGAGGACUACUUGCCAAGAUGAGUCCCCUGACCAGAAGUGGAUCAUAUUUGAUGGGCCAGUUGACGCUAUUUGGAUCGAGAACCUCAACUCUGUAAUGGACGACAACAAGCUGCUGACUUUAGUCAACAGCGAGCGGAUUUCUAUGCCUCCACAGGUGUCUCUCCUGAUCGAGACGCUGGAUCUUGCGGUGGCAUCGCCAGCCACCGUGUCUCGUAACGGCAUGGUGUACAACGACUACAAGGACUGGGGCUGGUGGCCCUUCGUCAACUCCUGGCUGGAUACCAUUGACGACCCCGAGUAUAAGGAGAAUCUUCGACGCCAUUUCCUCAACAUCCUGACGCCAGUUUUGGAGCUGAAGCGCCUCGCUUUGGUAGAGGGCCAGAGCGUGCGCGGCCAAGAACUCACAGGAGUGCGGUCCAUGUGUCGCUUGCUGGGCCAGUGGCCCGCGCCCGGCCCUCCGGGACCAGAGGAAGAAGACAACGAGACCUUCUCCAAGAUGCGGUUCCUGUUCGCCAUGAUCUGGUCAGUGUGCGCUACGCUGGAGGACGAGCCGCGGCGCAAGCUGGACAACUGGGUGCGCGAGCACGAGGGCGUGUUUCCGCUGAAGGACACGGUGUACGACUACUACGUGGACGAGCGCCUGCGCCAGUUCAAGUGCUGGGAGGAGCGGCUGCCCGACAACUGGCGGUUUAACCCGGCGCACGGGUUCCACAACAUCUUGGUGCCCACAUUGGAGUUCAUCCGGGUGCAGAUAGUGGCCCUGGACAUGCUAAAGAAUGGCUACGGAGUUCUCAUUGGAGGUCCCACUGGGACUGGGAAAACUUUCCUCAUCCAGGGGACGCUAGCUAAUUUGGAUCCUAGCAAGUACAGUCAGCAAGUAAUUAAUAUGUCGGCGCAGACCACAGCGGCCAACGUCCAGGAUAUCAUUGAAGCGCGUCUCGAAAAACGGACGAAGGGGAACUACGUGCCCGCGGGGGGCAAGAAGAUGAUAGCGUUCAUGGAUGACAUCAACAUGCCGGUACGCGAUGAAUACGGCUCGCAGCCGCCGCUGGAGCUGACGCGGCUGUGGCACGACUACGGCUACUGGUUCGACCGCGCCAAACAGUGGCGGAAGAACGUCAAGGGCAUGGUGCUAUGCGCGGCGGCCGGCCCGCCAGGGGGCGCGCGCUCGCCUUUACCGCCGCGGCUGCUGUCGUGCUUCCACGCCUUCUACCUCACGGCGCCCACGCACCAGAUGCUCAUCAAGAUCUUCGGCACCAUGCUGGGUCAACACCUCAGCGAUUUUGAUGAGGAGACCAACUCGCGACGUGACGUGACGUCACACGCGGCUGCUGUCGUCCACGCCUUCCUCACGGCGCCCACGCACCAGAUGCUCAUCAAGAUCUUCGGCACCAUGCUGGGUCAGCACCCCAUCGACUUUGAUGAGGAGACCAAGUCUUGCGGUGACUCGCGACGUGACGUGACGUCACACGCGGCUGCUGUCGUCCACGCCUUCUACCUCACGGCGCCCACGCACCAGAUGCUCAUCAAGAUCUUCGGCACCAUGCUGGGUCAACACCUCAGCGAUUUUGAUGAGGAGACCAAGUCUUGUGACGCGGCUGCUGUCGUGUUCCACGCCUUCUUCACGGCGCCCACGCACCAGAUGCUCAUCAAGAUCUUCGGCACCAUGCUGGGUCAGCACCUCAGCGAUUUUGACGAAGAAACCAAGUCUUGCGACGCGGCUGCUGUCGUGUUCCACGCCUUCUACCUCACGGCGCCCACGCACCAGAUGCUCAUCAAGAUCUUCGGCACCAUGCUGGGUCAACACCACAGCGAUUUUGACGAAGAAAUCAAGUCUUGCGUUGACGUGACGUCAGACGCGGCUGUUAUAGUGUUCCACGACUUCCUCACGGCGCCCACGCACCAGAUGCUCAUCAAGAUCUUCGGCACCAUGCUGGGUCAACACCACAGCGACUUUGAUGAGGAGACCAAGUCUUGUGACGCGGCUGCUGUCGUCCACGCCUUCUACCUCACGGCGCCUACGCACCAGAUGCUCAUCAAGGUCUUCGGCACCAUGCUGGGUCAACACCACAGCGACUUUGAUGAGGAGACCAAGUCUUGUGACGCGGCUGCUGUCGUCCACGCCUUCUACCUCACGGCGCCUACGCACCAGAUGCUCAUCAAGGUCUUCGGCACCAUGCUGGGUCAACACCUCAGCGAUUUUGACGAAGAAACCAAGUCUUGCGCUGCUGUCAUCCACGCCUUCCUCACGGCGCCCACGCACCAGAUGCUCAUCAAGAUCUUCGGCACCAUGCUGGGUCAACACCUCAGCGAUUUUGACGAGGAGACCAAGUCUUGUGUUGACGUGACGUCACACGCGGCUGCUGUCGUCCACGCCUUCUACCUCACGGCGCCCACGCACCAGAUGCUCAUCAAGAUCUUCGGCACCAUGCUGGGUCAACACCUCAGCGAUUUUGGCGAAGAAACCAAGUCUUGCGGCAAAGUGGUGCUUAUAGCCACGAUAGACAUGUUCAAUAACAUCGUGGCCAAACUCCUGCCCACACCGAGCAAGAUGCACUAUCUGUUCAACUUGCGAGACAUUUCCAAGAUUUUCCAGGGAUUGCUUCGAAGCAACAAGGACUAUACUAACACCAAGCCUCGUUUCCUGCGGCUAUGGAUCCACGAGUGCUUCAGAGUGUUCUGCGAUCGGCUGACUGAGGAGAAGGACCGCGACUGGUUCAUGAACCACAUGGGCGACAUGCUGGGCAAGCACUUCGAGCUGACGUUCCACGCGCUGUGCCCGUCCAAGAGCCCACCCAUCUUCGGACACUUCCUCAACCCAUUCGAGGUCUAUGACGACCUGAAUGACCCUGCUGCUCUGAGGAGGUAUAUCGCCAACCAGAUGGAAGAGUACAACAGUUGUCCGGGUGUGGUCAAAAUGGACCUCGUACUGUUCAAGGAUGCGAUAGAACACAUCUGCCGCAUCGUGAGAGUCGUCUCGCAGCCGAGAGGCAACGUUCUAUGCGUUGGAAUAGGUGGUUCGGGUCGACAGAGUUUGACGCGCGUGGCGUCAUACAUCUGCGAGUGCAAUUCCUUCCAGGUGGUCGUCACGAAGACCUACGGCAUCAAGGAGUUCAGGGAAGACCUCAAGAUACUGUACACAUCGUGUGGCGUGGACUCCAAGAAGACGACGUUCAUCUUCUGCGACACGCAGAUCGCGGAGGAGUCGUUCACAGAGAUCAUCAACAAUCUGCUCAGUAGCGGAGAGAUCACCAACUUAUACAAGCCCGAUGAGUUUGAGGAUAUAAAGCAAGGCCUGGAGAAGCCGAUGAAGAACGCCAACAUAGUGCAGUCUGCGGAGGCGGUAUACUUGUUUCUGGUGGACCGCGUGCGCGCCAACCUGCACAUCGUGCUGUGCUUCAGCCCCAUCGGGGACGAGUUCAGGAACCGCAUCCGUCAAUACCCCGCGCUAAUCAACGCGACGACAACUAAUUGGUUCCUGGAGUGGCCGCGCGAGGCGCUGCUGGAGGUGGCAUACAAGUUCCUUGAGGGCGUGGAGUUACUGGCCUCUAUUACUGGGCCUAGGAUUCGCAGAAAAGAAUCCCUGAUCGAAAGUCGCGAGGAUAUACUCCGGGCGUCGGUAGCAUCCAUCAUGUCGCUCAUCCACUCUUCCGUGGGCAAGUACUCCGUCAAGAUGUGGCAGGAAAUGCGCCGCACCAACUACGUCACGCCCACUAACUAUCUAGAGCUGGUGUCGGGGUAUAAAGAAAUGUUGAAGAUGAAGAGGUACGAGGUGGCGCUGCAGGCCAACAAGCUGCGCAACGGGCUCGGCAAGGUUGAGGAGACCACCAAGCUCGUGGGUCAAAUGUCGGAGGAAUUAGCCGUAGCGCAGGUCCAAGUGGCAGAUUACACGGAGCAGUGCAUAGAAUACAUGGGCGUGAUCAACGCGCAGCAACGCAACGCCGACGAGCAGCAGCGAAGCGUAGCAGCCCGCAGCAAGAAGACCAUGGAGGAGGAAGUGCAGUGCAAGAAACUGGCCGACGCCGCGCUGCGCGACCUGGCUUCCGCCAUGCCCGCGUUGGAGGAGGCCGUCAAGCGCAGCGUAGCAGCCCGCAGCAAGAAGACCAUGGAGGAGGAGGUGCAGUGCAAGAAGUUGGCCGACGCCGCGCUAGUUGACCUCGCUUUUGCCAUGCCCGCGCUCGAGGAGGCCGUCAAGGGCAGGGUAGCAGCCCGCAGCAAGAAGACCAUGGAGGAGGAGGUGCAGUGCCAGAAGCUGGCUGAUGUUACGCUGCGUGACAUCGCCUCCGCCAUGCCUGCGCUCGAGGAGGCCGUCAAGGGCAGCGUAGCAGCCCGCAGCAAGAAGACCAUGGAGGAAGAAGUGCAGUGCAAGAAAUUGGCUGAUGUCGCGCUGCGUGACCUGGCCUCCGCCAUGCCCGCGCUCGAGGAGGCCGUCAAGCGCAGCGUAGCGGCCCGUAGCAAGAAGACCAUGAAGGAGGUGCAGUGUAAGAAGCUGGCUGAUUCCGCGCUGCGUGACCUCGCCUCCGCCAUGCCCGCGCUCGAGGAGGCCGUCAAGCGCAGCGUGGCUGCCCGCAGUAAGAAGACCAUGGAGGAGGAGGUGCAGUUCAAGAAACUGGCUGAUGUUGCGCUGCGCGACCUGGCCUCCGCCAUGCCCGCGCUCGAGGAGGCCGUCAAGGGCAGGGUAGCAGCCCGCAGCAAGAAGACUAUGGAGGAAGAAGUCCAGUGCAAGAAACUGGCUGAUGUUGCGCUGCGUGACAUCGCCUCCGCCAUGCCCGCGCUCGAGGAGGCCGUCAAGCGCAGCGUGACUGCCCGUAGCAAGAAGACCAUGAAGGAGGUGCAGUGUAAGAAGCUGGCCGACGCCGCGCGCUCGAGGAGGCCGUCAAGCGUGGCUGCCCGCAGCAAGACCAUGGAGGAGGAGGUGCAGUGCAAGAAACUGGCCGACGCCGCGCUACGCGACCUGGCCUCCGCCAUGCCCGCGCUCGAGGAGGCCGUCAAGCGCAGCGUGGCUGCUCGCAGCAAGACAAUGGAGGAGGAGAUACAGUGCAAAAAGUUGGCUGAUGUCGCGCUGCGUGACAUCGCCUCCGCCAUGCCCGCGUUCAAGGAGGCCGUUAAGGCUCUGGACGCGCUGAACAAGAAAGACAUCACAGAAGUGAAGUCUUACGCGAAACCACCUCAAAAGGUAGAAAUGGUGCUAGAGGCUGUGCUGAUCCUGUUACAAAAAGAGCCGACUUGGGCCGAAGCUAAGCGUCAGCUCGGCGACCAGUACUUCCUGGACCGUUUGCGGGAGUUCGACAAGGAUAACAUCUCUGACAAGACACUCAAGAAGAUCGGCACCUACACCGCUAAGCCCGACUUCGACCCAGAGAUUGUGGGCACGGUGUCUUCAGCUGCCAAGUCGCUUUGCUUAUGGGUGAGGGCUAUUGAGAAGUACGGCAAGGUUUACAAAAUCGUGAAACCCAAGAAAGAACGUCUCGAAGAAGCGUUAGAAUCGCUCCGCAUGAAGCAGCAGAUCUUGGCAGAGGCUCGAGCCAAGUUGCGUGAACUCAGCGAGAUGAUCGCUCGCCUGCAGAAGGAGUAUGAUGAGAAGGUGGCGCAGAAGGACGAGCUCGAGCGCAAGUCCAGGCAGCUGCAGCUCAAGUUGGAGCGAGCUGAGGCACUCAUCACGGGCCUGUCGGGUGAAAGGGAACGAUGGGAGCUCACAGUGGAGCGCUUGGACAAGGAGUUCGACAAUCUGCCGGGCGACUGCCUCAUCGCCACCGGCUUCGUGGCCUACCUCGGGCCCUUCGUGUCCGAGUACCGCGAGUCGCUGAUGAGCGACUGGUUUAUGGAGGUGUAUAACGAAAACUUGCCAGUGACAAUGGAUUUGAGCAUGAAAUACUUCCUCCUUGAUGACGCCACACUGAGAGAUUGGAAUUACAUGGGGUUGCCUGACGACAACUUCAGCGCGGAGAACGGCAUCAUAGUGGUGCGCGCCACGCGCUGGCCGCUAGCCGUCGACCCGCAGGGACAGGCGCUCAUCUGGAUCUCGCAUCUCGAGGAGAAGAACGACAUACAGCUUGUCGACUUCGGCCAGCCGAACUACCUCAAGAUAAUGGAGAACUGCCUGACGGACGGCACGCCGGUCAUCGUGCAGAAUGUGGGCGAGGUGCUGGACCCGUCCAUCGCUCCCAUAUUGGACAAGGCUAUCGUCACCAUCGGCACGGCUACCGUCAUCAAGUUCAAUGAGAAGAUGGUGCCGUAUAACAAGAACUUUAAGAUGUAUCUCACUACUAAGCUGGGCAAUCCAGUAUACACGCCUGAGACGCUAACCAAGACGACGAUGGUGAACUUCGCGGUAAAGGAGCAGGGCCUGACGUCACAGCUGCUUGGCAUCGUCGUGCGCAAGGAGCGGCCCCAGCUGGAAUUGAUGAAAGACAACCUCGUCAUGACCAUCGCUAAUAAUAAGAAGACUUUGAUGGACUUGGAAAACGACCUGCUCCGCAUCAUGUACGAGUCGCAAGUACCGCUGCUGGACAACGAGGAGCUGUUUGUGACGCUACAGACGUCACAGCGCACGUCGCUUGAGGUCAAGGAAGCUCUCAUUACUUCCACCGAGACUGAGAAGGAGAUCGACACGGCUAGACAAGGUUACGUCCCAGUGGCAGUCCGCGCCUCCGUGUUAUUCUUCGCGUUGAAUGACCUGUCGCGCAUCGACCCGAUGUACCAGUUCUCCCUGGAUGCUUAUAUCGACCUGUUCAAUUACUCCAUCGACCGCAGCCCUAAGGGCGGCGAGCUGGAAGACCGGAUUAACAACCUGAACGAGUUCCAUACUUAUGCUGUGUACAAGAACACCUGCCGAGCGUUGUUCGAGCGGCACAAGCUGCUGCUGUCUUUCCACAUCGUGUCUCGCAUCCUGUUCCAGAUGGGCAAGCUGAGCACGCACGAGUAUUUGUUUCUGCUCAAGGGCGGCGUCGUGCUCGACCGCUCCGAGCAGCCGGAGAACCCCACUAACUGGAUGCCGGACGAGUGCUGGGACAACGUGACGGAGCUGGACAAGCUGCCGGGCUUCCACGGCGUCAUCGACGCCUUCGAGGUGUUCACCAAGGAGUGGCGCGAGUGGUACCUCAACCCUGAGCCCGAGCUGCAGCCGCUCAUCGGCGACUGGAACGAGAUCUGCAACGACUUCCAGCGGAUCCUGUUCGUUCGCUCGCUGCGCGUGGACCGCGUGUCCGCUUGCAUCACGACCUUCAUCAUCAACGUGCUCGGCCCGCGCUACGUCGAGCCGCCCGUGCUGGACAUCAAGGCGGCGUGGGAGGAGUCUACGUGGAAGACGUCACUUCUAUUCGUGCUGUCUCCAGGCGUGGACCCCACAGCGUCGCUCAUCCAGCUGGCCAUUGACGUCAAGAUGUUCGACAAGUUCCAGUCGCUCAGCCUGGGGCAAGGCCAGGCGCCCACGGCUGCCAAGCCAGGCGCCCACCGCCGCCAAGUAAGAAGCUCCGCUAGUCUAUGUUCAACAGCUCAUCAACCAGGCGGCGUGGGAGGGUUGACGUGGAAGACGUCGCUUCUAUUCGUUCUGUCUCCGGGCGUUGACCCCACAGCGUCGCUCAUCCAGCUGGCCAUCGACGUCAAGAUGUUCGACAAGUUCCAGUCGCUCAGCCUGGGGCAAGGCCAGGCGCCCACGGCCGCCAAGAUGCUAUCGCACGGCAUGAAGGAGGGCGGCUGGGUGUUCCUGGCGAACUGCCACCUGGCGUGCGAGUGGCUGGGCUCGCUGCGAGGCUUCGACAACCCGCGCAUCCACCCGCGCUUCCGGCUGUGGCUCACGUCCAUGCCCGACGACAAGUUUCCCCUUAACGUGCUGCAACGCAGCAUCAAGAUGACCACCGAGCCGCCGCAGGGCCUGAAAGGCAACAUGGUGCGCAUCUUCGCGAACCUGAACGAGGACAAGUUCGACGAGGCGUCGCCCAAGUACCGGCGCCUGCUGUACUGCGUGGCUUUCUUCCACUGCACGCUCAUCGCUCGCAAGCGCUUCCGACAGCUCGGCUAUAAUGCUGUUUACAGCUUCAACGACGCCGACUUUGACGUGUCAGACAACCUCCUAGCCAACUACUUAGAGGAGUACGAGGAGGUGCCGUGGGACGCGCUGCGCUAUCUCUUCGCCAUCAUCAACUACGGCGGCCAUAUCACUGACGACUGGGACAAGCGCGUGCUCAUUGCCUACAUCAAUCAGUUCUUCUGCGAGGAGGCGCUUGACGUGCCCUUCUACAGACUGUCGUCGAUCCCCGCGUACCACAUCCCGCGCGACGGCAGCCUGGAGUCGUACCGCGACUUCCUGGACCUGCUGCCGCCGGCCGAGCGCGCCGAGUCCGUGGGCCAGCACGCCUCGGCCGACGUGGCUACACUAGCGCAGGUUGUAUUGAUCCCCGCAGACUGUCGUCGAUCCCCGCGUACCACAUCCCGCGCGACGGCAGCCUGGAGUCGUACCGCGACUUCCUGGACCUGCUGCCGCCGGCCGAGCGCGCCGAGUCCGUGGGCCAGCACGCCUCGGCCGACGUGGCUACACUAGCGCAGGUUGUAUUGAUCCCCGCAGACUGACGACGAUCCCCGCGUACCACAUCCCGCGCGACGGCAGCCUGGAGUCGUACCGCGACUUCCUGGACCUGCUGCCGCCGGCCGAGCGCGCCGAGUCCGUGGGCCAGCACGCCUCGGCCGACGUGGCUACACUAGCGCAGGUUGUAUUGAUCCCCGCAGACUGUCGUCGAUCCCCGCGUACCACAUCCCGCGCGACGGCAGCCUGGAGUCGUACCGGGACUUCCUGGACCUGCUGCCGCCGGCCGAGCGCGCCGAGUCCGUGGGCCAGCACGCCUCGGCCGACGUGGCUACACUAGCGCAGGAUACCCUAAUCAUGUGCUCGACGCUGUUUGCGCUGGCAUCCACUGGGGGCGGCGGAGCUGGCGGUGGAGAAGACCAGAAGGUGGACGAGCUGGCAGCAGAAAUGCUGGUGAAGCUUCCGUUCAAGAUCGACGUGGAGACCACGGAGCGGAUGAUGGGCCCCGAGAUCGUCAUGCCCAUGUGUGUGUCGCUGCUCCAAGAGAUCGGAUACUACAACGUGCUCAUUGCCAGCAUUACGGCCGGACUCAAGGAGUUGCGUCGCGCCAUCGAAGGUCUAGUCGUCAUGUCCGACAUGCUGGAGAUCAUGUACUCUUGCAUCUUCGAAGGCAGAGUGCCGUCCUUUUGGCAGAAAGGUCGUCCGUCCAUGAAGCCCCUAGGCGCGUGGUGCCGCGAGCUUUACUUGCGGGGUGCACACCUCCACGCGUGGGCCAACGCACCGCGCGCGCCGCCCACGCUGUGCUGGCUGCCCGCGCUCGUGGCGCCCACCGGCUUCCUCACCGCCGUCAUGCAGACAACGGCCCGCGGCGAGGGCUGGCCCAUAGACACGCUGUGCUGGGAGUUCUCCGUCAUGCCUCUCGAGGAGUCCGGCUUCGUGCGACCGCCGCGCGACGGAGGCGUCUAUGUCAGGGGCCAGUACCUCGAAGGCGCCAGCUGGUUCAAAAAAGAGGGCCACCUGCAGGAGCCGCUGCCCAUGCAGCUGGUGUUCCCGCUCACGCCCAUACACUUCAAGCCCAUCCGCGCUACGGGCCGGAGGCUCAAAAAUCGCUACGUGUGCCCGUGCUACUACUACCCCAUGCGCAAGGGUGCCUUCGUGGUGGCCGUCGACCUGCCCUCGGGCAAGGAGACGGCCGACUUCUGGGUGAAGCGCGGGACGGCUCUGCUGUGCACGCUCGCCACAUAAAUUCUGACGUUGUACCGUGUGGACUUAGAUUUAUUAAACCGAUUCAAUUUAAAAGAGUCUUUGUUAUUUUUAGUACAGUUGGCCGCGCUAACAUAGAACAAAAUUGAGUUUUCUCAAAGAUGCUCUCUUCCGUUUUAUUUCGACGUUGCCGUUUAGCGUUGCGCUUCAUUUGUGACUACACAAAACAAGCGUGGGGUAUUAUCUACACUAAUAUUAUAAAGAGGAAAACUUUGUUUGUUUGUUUGUUUGUUUGGUUGUAAUGAAUAGGCUCAAAAACUACCGAACCGUUUUUAAAAAUUCUUUCAUCAUUCGAAAGCUACAUUAUCCACGAGUAACAUAGGCUAAAUUUUAUUUUGGAAAAACAUAGGGUUCAGGGGUCCACGCGCGCAAAGCCGCGGGCGGAAAGCUAGUUAAUAAAUAAAACAUAAAAUAUUAAUCAUGAUUAAUAUUUAUUUAUAUAUUUUUAUUUUACAAUAUAACAGUGGUAAAAACCGAAAUGUAUGUAGACUUAAAACUUAAUAAUACAGAUAAUAUAUACCGUUAGUUAUUUAAAUCUGAACACCGGAAGAAUUUGCGACCAGAAAGGACAUCAGUUAGGUGGCAGAAAAGUAUUUAUCGACGCAGAGCAACAGUUAGUAUGUUUCUAAUAUACAUACGAGUAUACAUUGUAUGUCAUACAUAUUUUUAUUCUAAGGAUUAUUAGACUACACCGGCUUGUGGUGUAUGAAAUGGAAUGGAUUAUCCAUUUAUUCAGGUUUUAUUUGUGAGUCUUGUGUAAUAGAUGUUAAUAUGAAUUAAGUAACUUUAAAUAUUAUAUAGGAAUUUAAAUAUAACGGGGAUAUUCUAUGAUAAAUCUUGACAAUAAAAUAAGGUUAUUAAAUAUGUUUUGGAAACUAUUACUCUGUUGUUAUGGACG